CUGCGGUUAUGUCAGCUAUUGUAGUUGUUUAUUAUUGUUGAUAUUUUGCUUCUUAUUUAUUCCAAUUUGCAACUUAUGAUAACAGGCGAAAUGAGUGAGACUGAGGAAGAAAUGGAAAUAAAAAUCGAGUAUUUCGAGACUAACGAAACCGACCCUUUGAGUGACGAAUGUACAAAUAAAAGUGAUUCAAAAUAUUCUGCAACAACUAAACAUUUUGAUGAAAAUAUAAAUCAGCCUAUGGUAAACAAUUUCAAUGAGAGCUUGAAUAAAUCUCCAGUGAAUGAUGAAAAUAGAUUUAAUGAUAUAUCCGAAAGAGAUGAGGCUUGGCACAAAUCUAUAGACAAUUUCGGACGAUACCUGUGUAAAUUUUGUGAGCACUCGUAUUUAUCAAAACAAAGUUUAUGUCGCCAUGUAAAACUUAAACAUGUUGAAGAAUACAACAGUAUAAAAAGCUCAGCUACAAACAAACCGAGAAGAACAAGAUUAAAAUGUCAUAUAUGCAAAAAAAGAUUCAAAAGUACCUCUAAUUUGCAAGAACAUUUACAAUGUCAUGGUAUUAAUGACAUAAAGAACUCUGGGUCAGUAUAUCAUACAACAUUGGAGAAAGACCCAGAAAUUCUCACUCAUAUAACCAACUUGGUUGACAAAAUUAAACAUUUAUGUACAAAAUGCGGUUACAGUACAUCAAAAAUGUCACAUUUUAAACAGCACGAGAAAACUCAUUCACUUAAAGAGCUAAAGAAAUGCUCUUAUUGUGAAUACACAACAUAUCACGCACAUAAUUUGAAAAUACAUGAACAUAUACAUAAAAAUCAUAAACCGUAUGUGUGUAGUGUUUGUGAUUACCGAUCGGCAGCGUUGUCUGGGUUGUACAGUCAUAGGCUAAAACAUGAGAAGGAAAAGAAUAUGGUAUAUUGUGAUCAGUGCAGUUAUUCUACUGUUUAUAAACAGAGUUUAAAAAAACAUAUUGAGAGUCAUAGAAGAAAUAGUGUGAGGAGUAAGUUUUAGGGGUCAUUUUUGUGCUACAGCAAAAAGCUUAUUCUAGUUCUUAGUUGAGAUAGUCAUCUGCCUACCCUUUUCCUAAAUAUGUUAGGGUUGUCUUCUGGCCCUACCGGAUGCAGAUGAGUACUAGUGUUAUACAUCUGAUAAUCAAAUGACAGCUGAGACCCACCAAUAUUGUGCAGCCCGAUACACGGAAGAACUCCUCAUGACAAGAUAUCACCUACAUACGAACUUACCGCGCCAAGCGUUGCUUAACCACUGACUGUAAAUUCACGUUAUUAUACCUAUUGCCGUCACAUUUUCGCGUAGUCUUAUUUAUGCGAAUUUGAGGGUAAUAUUAUUUACUUUUGAAUAUUGCCAUAGAUAAUAUAUCCAAUUGUGUCAAAAUGUAUUUAGAAAAUAUACAAUGUUCUACAUGUAUGCUGUGAUUGCGAUAAUCUAAGCCAGUAUUAUUUUAUAUUUUAUAAGACUGAUUCCUUUAUUUAUUUGGUAAAAAUAAAACUAGGAAGUAAUGA